ACAUAUGGAUGACGUGUACCAUCUGAUAUUGCUGUCAUGUUCCCAUUGACAUUUGUAUAUAGGUUAUGCGUUACUGACUUAUAAGCUUUAAAAAUCUGAAUUCGCGAUGAGCGAGAAAAACAUUAAUUCCGCUUUAGUGCGGCGAGUUAAUAAAUUAUUGGAAUCUAGAAUAGAACACGAUAAGGACACGUUAGAAGCUUUGAAAGAGCUGUCGACGUUUUUCACUGAAAACACAUUGAACUCUCGCCGAAACUUGCGUAGCAAAAUAGAGAGAAGGAGUCUGGCAAUAAAUGAAGAAUUUUUGGCUGCCUUUAAGGAGGUGAAGGCUUCCUUGGAUGACGUUUAUCAGGAUGUUUUAGCAAUGAAUACAGCUGUACAAUCUAUGACUAAUCGCUUGCAAGUUACGAAAGCUCAAACGUCACAGCUUAUAGAACAAACAACAAAGCUCCAGAAUGAAAGUCAAAUAUUAUCCAUACAACAGGAAGUUGCGAAUGCAUUUAUAAAAAAUUUCCAAUUGACUCCAUCAGAAUUGACCAUUUUGCAUGGGUCAGCUAGAGAGUCGCCCAUAACAGAGGAAUUUUUUUCUGUAGUUAAUAAAGUACAGGAUAUUCAUGGCAAAUGUAGAGUGCUUAUGCAGUCUGGUUAUCAGACUUUGGCUCUGGACAUAAUGCAAAGAAUGACACUAUUGCAAGAAGCAGCUCUUGAAAGACUAUAUCGAUGGACACAAACUCAUUGUAAAAAUGUAGAAAAUGAAUGUUUGGCGCCAUUACUUGUUAAAGCUAUGAGUAAACUUCAAGAUAGACCAGUAUUAUUUAAAUAUAUUCUAGAUGAAUAUUGUGCAACUAAAAGAACCGCCUUAGUGGGAUCUUUCAUAGAUGCAUUAACAUUAGGAGAAGGCUUUGGUGGAACACCUAAUCCUAUAGAGAUGCAUGCUAAUGAUCCUAAGCGAUAUAUCGGUGAUAUGCUCGCUUGGUUGCAUCAAGUAAUUCCUGUAGAGAAAGAGAACAUUCUUACCUUAGUGAAAAACUGUGAUAAAACAGAUGUGUCAGAUCAGGUGAAACAAGUGUUAAGCAACAUCACAGAAGGAUUAUGUCAUCCUUUAAAGUCGAGAAUAGAGUAUGUUAUAUCUACAGAGGCACCAGCAACAGUAUUAUACUCAGUCACGACUUUAAUUAGGUUUUACCACGCCAUUAUUGAACAAAUCAUACCCGAUAGUGUUUUAGAUCAAACACUGUCAGAUUUAUUGGCCUUGAGCGAGAAAAGCUUUCUGAGCAGGUUGCAAAGAGAAACGAGAAUCGCUCUUGGAGAGCGCGCAGAACCUCCUGGAAGUGAUUUAAUUCCUGCUCCAUCUGUUUCUAGAUUGUUAUCGCUUCUAAAUGAAAUAUUGUCUGUUGCCAGUAUAGCUGAAGAUAGGGAAAAGGACAUGCUACAAAUUGUGUCGUGUAUUAUUGACCCAUUACUUCAAGAAGUUAAUGAAACAGCGUCUAGAUUACCAACAGUGGAUAUGGCUGUUUAUCUUCUCAAUUGCAUGCAUCAGAUACAAUCGACGCUAGCAUUGUACGAAUACAUGGAUCAGAGAUUAGAAAGGUUACAGGCACAAUCAGAUGCGCAAAUCGACACGCUUACAUCAGAACAGGCUAGUUCAUUGGUAGCGCACUUGAAUCUUGGUUCGAUUUAUACUAUUUUGCAAGGACGUGAGCAGGGACCACUCUCAUCCAUACCUGGCAUGGAUGCCCUCAGUGUGAAAGAAUUCACUAAUAAAUUAGAGGCGUUCCUGGUAAUGCCGGAUGUCUUGCUACUGCCACAAAUAAGUUUAUUACAAAGCAACAAUCAUCGUACGAUUACUCAGAAGCGAUCGUUUGAAGUAAUUGGAGCUAUAUAUAAACAAUUGUACGAUUCCUGUCACAAUCCGAAAAAUUUGUAUCAAAAUCCUAGCAGCCUCUUUUCCAGAACACCCGAAGAACUUCUCCAGACAUUAAUUUCUCAAUAAGUGUGUAUUUUUCUUACAGACCUUCAAAGAUGUACACACUACAUGUAUACAAUUAGACGAUAAUAAAUCGUAUUAAAAAAUGAA